AGGCCGUGGCUGGCCCGUGGGCGUCGCGCCCAGUGGGCGCUUUGGCUCGGCGCCUGCGAAAAGCGGGGUAUCAGGUCGGAAGAGCGAGCGCCGAGAUUUUUCCGUAUGAGCGGAGAAGUCAGUUGUUGCAAGUAGAAGUGACACAACAUUUUUUUAGGAUGUCUGAAGAUGAAGAAAAAGUGAAAUUACGCCGUCUUGAACCAGCUAUCCAGAAAUUUACUAAGAUAGUAAUUCCAACAGACCUGGAAAGGUUAAGAAAGCACCAGAUAAAUAUUGAGAAGUAUCAAAGAUGCAGAAUCUGGGACAAGUUACACGAAGAGCAUAUCAAUGCAGGACGUACAGUUCAGCAACUCCGCUCCAAUAUCCGAGAAAUGGAGAAGCUUUGUUUGAAAGUCCGAAAGGAUGACUUAGGACUUCUGAAGAGAAUGAUAGAUCCUGUUAAGGCAGAAGCAUCAGCAGCAACAGCAGAAUUUCUCCAACUCCAUUUGGAAUCUGUAGAAGAACUUAAGAAGCAAUUUAAUGAUGAACAAACUUUGUUACAGCCUUCUUUAACCAGAUCCAUGACUGUUGGUGGAGUACUUCACACCACUGAAACUGAAGCUGAUACCCAGAGUUUGACUCAGGUGUAUGCCUUGCCCGAAAUUCCCCGAGACCAAAAUGCUGCAGAAUCAUGGGAAAACUUAGAAGCGGACUUAAUUGAACUUAGUCAACUGGUCACUGAUUUCUCCGUACUGGUGAUGUCUCAGCAGGAGAAGAUUGACAGCAUUGAAGACCAUGUCAACAGUGCUGCUGUGAAUGUUGAAGAGGGAACCAAAAACUUGGGGAAGGCUGCAAAAUACAAGCUGGCAGCUCUGCCUGUGGCAGGUGCACUCAUCGGAGGAGUAGUAGGGGGUCCGAUUGGCCUCCUUGCAGGCUUCAAAGUGGCAGGAAUUGCAGCUGCACUUGGUGGUGGGGUGUUGGGCUUCACAGGUGGAAAAUUGAUACAAAGAAAGAAACAGAAAAUGAUGGAGAAGCUCACUUCCAGCUGUCCAGAUCUCUCCAGCCAGACUGACAAAAAAUGCAGUUAAAAAACCAAACUUCAUUUUUAAUGGCACCAACAUGUCUGCCCUAAGGAGGACCUGUGCUGCUGUUGGACACUCAGUCAGCCCUUGCAACAUGAUUAUAUCAAGAUAGUGGCUAGAGACACUCAAGUAGGAUUGAACUGUGACGAGUGGAUAUAUUUUGUUGUGUGCUGGGGUGUUAGAGAUUGAGGAUAUAUGAUGUUUAUCAGGUAAAGUUUAAAGACUGCCAGGGAGCUGAUUUUCUGCCUGGAAACGUGAAGACUGACCCAUAACUUUGAUAAAGACGUGAGUGUGGAAAUGUGGACUUGGACACCCUAAAACUAACCAUAUUUCUAAGAGAUUACUUAGGCUUGUCAGCAAGGAAAAGAAUGGGGGUGCAGGAGCCUUUCUUAUCAGAUAGUGAAAUUCGUAUUUUGUAAGGGGACAGGUGAACUGCAUAAUGGAGUCCAUUUGGUGAACAGUUUGGUCCAGCCAUAUUUUCUGGUGAAGGAAAUUAGUAAGAAAAUGAAAAGCGAGGCCCAUCUUUCAGAUAUCUUAAUUUGUGACGCUGGCUUGUUUUCUGAGCUCUUCUGCCUCUCUAAAUAAAGGACACAGAACCUCAAGUGGUAGAAGAUUUAUUAAGCCAGUCGUUAAGGUUGCUCUGUCAGCCUGUCUCCUGAUGCCUCAAAGAUCCAAUGUCCUUUGCCUUCCCUCCCUUGUAAUUUUUAGUUCUUUGAUUUGUGGGGUGAGUUCUACCCAUGUGGAAUGAGGACUUUCCUCAUAAUCAAUUUCCUUCUGUUAUCUCCCAUCUAUGUUCACCCUUUCCUUUCCUGAAAUCUGUAGGGGAAAAAAGGAGAGGAAAGGAAAGGAAGAAAGAAGGAAGGAACAAAGCUACAAUUAUUUCCAGCAUCGUUAGAGUUCGAAUGAAAAGUUAAGCAGGUGGGGGGGGACCAUGAGGUCAUUUCUUGGGGCAUCUUCCUUCCCACACUGGGUGUUUCUGAUCCUAAAUUCUUUCAGCUGCCCCUGGCAGGAGCUAAGAACUACCUCAUUUCUGUUACUACCACCCUUUAUCCCCCGAUUUUGCUAUCUCCUGUGUUUUCCUUCACUUUUCACAGCUGCUGUGAAAUGUGAAGACGUUCAUGCCUUUUCUUAUAUUCAAGAUGAUGAUAAACAAAGCCUGGUGCCGUGACUCAGUGCUGAUGAAGGAUUUGUGGUACUAAUCCCAACACUUGACAUUGACAGCAAGCAUGGUCCAGCCAACACAAUGUCUACUUAAACAGCAGAAAGCUUUUAAAUUUAGGGGAAAAAAAAAAGAAUUUACAGGCAGAAUCAUCCCAUAACCUCGAAAUAGGAAGGAACCACCUUCUGCCUUACUCUUUACUCUUUUGAGGACACUUGGAAUAGGCACCCGCACCACAAAAGGUAUGAACUAUCUCUGAGCAGGAGCCACACAGACUCAUCAGGCAUUUGAAUGGCUUAUCACUUCUCUCUUGCUGAGUUUACUGUUAACAACUUUUAUUGAUUGCUACCUUUUACUUCUGUGUCUAAUCUAAAAAGACCUUUCUCUUUCAUACUUUUUGACUCUCACCAAUGAAUUUCAAUGAGAGAAAGCAGCAUUUCUUAUUGUCAUUUAAUAACUGGAAAAUAUCAAAGUAUUGCUACAUGCGGACUUGUAUCUUUAAUAUAAUACUAAGAAGGAAGUAUUUUGAGUUACGUGUCACAUUUUGAUCCAGUGUUUGAUAUUAGAUUACCUGUAAGGUUACAACAAUUACUUUUGAACUCAACUUUUUUUCUGUUUUCUGAACCUCUAACAAAGGGUGCUCAAAGCUGAAUGAGGAUCACAAUCACCCAGGAUGCUUAUUUAAAACAGGAUUCCUAAAGUCAGUCCAAUAGGUAAGAUCCUAAUAAUGGCCCGUCCAGCCCAGUCUGUUGAAAUGAUAAAUUUGAGAUGUAGCUACAUCAAGAUUAGCUGUAUCAUUGAUGUCAGAGAUUGCUAAUAUUCCACCCUUCGGUGUGGCCCAAUCUUCACUGUAUAUCACCCCCACGCUGCAUACCCGACUGACUGUGCUUUUAGCCUGCAUCCACGCAGCAGUAGGGACGAUUUAGAACGUCAGGCUGGUUUUAUGUCAGCACCCGAUGGAGGAGGCCUGUAGUUGAAGCUCAUGUUUUGUUUUGGGAUCUCUGCUUUCUACUGAGCCAGAGUGGGGCACCAUUAUGUGCGUUCAUCGAGGCCUUUAUUUUUACUACUCAUCAGGACUGAAAUGUUACCCCAGCAGUCUUCAUGCUUAGGCAAGUUACAUGAUUUUUUUUAAAGUUUCAUGAUUUAAAAUUUAGAAAUGAUAUUUAAUUUCCCAAUAAUAGAUCCCAGUCACCAAAUUUUGUAGAAAUUUCUAGGUGUUUAAUCAACUGCAAAUUGUACAUAUAAGUGAUAAAGUAUUUAAAAGUAGAAAUUAGUCAAUGUGACAUAGAAACCAAUCUUAAAAUACCCUGCAGUAUCAAAUUAAAUUCAUCUUCUCUAGAUUCAUGUCUCAUUUUUACUGCAACAAGUUGACGGUAAGGAACUCUUUUAAGGUCUUAAAAUUUACAGAGGCUCAUUUUGGAGAAAGGCAGCACAUCUAAAGACUUUUGGUAUGAUGACCUGAGAAUUUUUAGAGCUGAGAACUUGAAUCUUUUUGGUUGUAACCCAUAGCGAAAAAAAUGUUUUCGUAAAACUCAGCACAUGCAUAACAGAAUGCUUACUGUUGUGCUUAGUACACUUUGAUUUUUUCCAGUUUCAAAAAUGUGUUGGUUGCAACUUAUUACAUUUGCUUUCAUGAUUUACCAAUGGGUUACUGCCCUCAGUUUGAGAAGAACUGGUACUAGUACCUUCUGUUUGCCAGGAGCUCAUUAGUCCUUUUACAGGUAAGGAAACUGAGUCACAGAGUAAAGGGUUAUUCAGUUACAAAAGAGUGAAGCUAAAAUGUCAACCAGGUCUGCUGAACUACAAAACUUACUACUCUCAUAGAAUGCUGCUUCUCUACACAAAAUUGAAGUGUGCCACUCAAUUUGCUUCAUCCACCCAUUCUUUAAGGCAAGCUUACUUUGAGAUUGCACAUGCAUUCAUUUGCACUUUUUAAAGAAUCCUCUUUGUUCACCAAAUCCAAUGGCUUCCGUUUUUAAUGGUGGCCAAUGCGGAAGUAUAUAGAGCUGAAUUCAGUCAAUAGAUUAUAAAAUUUAAGAUGUUUCCAUCUUACCCACAUACCUUAAUUUAUUAUUGAUAUUCCUGUAUUAUAUGUAAUAUAUAUAGUAUUUCUGGUUUAUAGCCAUCACUUCAGUAGUGCUUUUUAUAUUUAAUUGAAAGAUUAAAGAAGUGCUUUUAAAAACAAAUUCAUCCUAAGUCACAGAAUCAAAUUAUUACCCUUUAAAAUGGUAACCGGAGGUGGCCAUACACUUACUGUAGUGACACUGGUAUUUCUUAGAACGUUUUUGAAACUUCUCUUUUGGAGCUGCUGCCAAAGAUCUUUUCCAAACCACAUGAAAAAGCCAUCUCAGUGUUAAGUUGUCACAGACUAUGCUCCUUUCCUUAUGACCUCUCCUCCCUUCCUUCCUCAGUUUUGCUUUUAUGUUGCUAACUUAAUUCUUAUUUAUGCUGGUGCCAGAAAAUUGAGGAUGCCUAAGAGUGGGGUUUGCUGGCCAGAGUUCCUGGAGGAAGAACUUUUAGGUUAUGCUAAAGCUUAGUGUGAUGAAGGGAGAAUCCUGUGAGUCUACAGCCUUCCUCCGUGGGCUGCCUGCUUCCCCCUCCUCAAGUGCCGUGAUAAGGACUGAAUACUGGCAGUACCAGUCACAGAAGCUGAGCCAACCCAUGAUAUAAAUACACAGUGUGUAUUUUUCUCCAGUGAAAGUACAAAAACCAAACCACACCAUCCUAAUGUUAACUUCAGAAAUGAAAGAUCUUUCUCAGGGUCCCCUUUGCUCUUCAUUGCUGCCACGUGAAAUCUUUGGGAGGAAGGAUGAGGGGGGAAAUGAGCAAAAGCCUGAGACAAAGGUUCUCUUUCCUGUAAUCAAAUGUAGCGUGGCCAUGGCGCUCAGCUGUUUCUGAACGUCAGACCAUGUUCUUACGUAGUCAGAGGCCCAACAAAAGGUAGGGAGCUCCCCAAAAGCCUAAAUUAAUGUAAACGGUUCAAGGUCUGUUUGUUUUCAUUAACAGCAUUUGGUUUCUAACAGGUGGUUCUUGCUGUGCUCAAUAACCUGAUACCCUUUUGCAGAGAAAUUUCUUGAGUAUUUUAUAAUCAAUCAGUGGUCAAAGAUCCACAUCGCUACCCUCAAAGAAAUUUAUUAUGGGACACAAGAAGUAAUGUGUAAUAUUACUCAAAAUAGAAGUAAAAAUAUAAAAGAUGUCAAAGGCAAAUAUUUACCUAAUAUCACAAAAUUAGUUGGCACAGCAAAAAAUCCUCAAAGUAAUUCAGCUUAAUUUUUUUUAUGCCAUGUAAGUUGCCUACUGAGACUUGUCUCUCAGUCAUUCCAAAGCAGGUCAUGGCUGUGACGGAAAGGGAAUUGGGUGGGAAUCAGCAGAUCAGGGCUGUAGUUCAGCUUUGUCACUGGCAGAUGCUUUCUCCAUUCCAGCUGGGGAUUCCCCAGCCUUAAACUGUGAUCACCAACUUGAUUCCCUUCAUUUUUAUACCUAGCCUGGCACCAAGUCCUGUCAAUUCUACUUUGAAUAUUAGUUGUAUCCAUUUCUAAAUAUAUUCAUGAUCAUUAUUCUAAUGAAAGACUUUAUUAUCUCACAUCCCUCCUUCAUCUUCCCCAACACUCAGCCAUUCCUCACAUUGCUGGACUGAAGGAAAAGAACCAGAUCUUUUUUUUUUUUUUCCCUGCUGAAAUAUUUUCAGAGGCUCCCACUGCAUAUGCAGUCAAAUUCAAAUCCCUUAGGUUGGCCUUCACAGCCUUCACUAGUCUAGCCCCAGCUUUAUUUCUUCAAACUCUCUACUCACCACCUGACAAUGCCACUGAAAACCAGACAUUGUACAAGAAUGAUUUUAAGGUUUUCCUGUGGCUAAGCGUAAACUGUUUGCAUUUUUCCAAACUAAAAUAAUUUCUGUGAUACUUUAUUUUACAACACUGGUCUACUGAGAUUUGUUUAAACUCUAACAAACUUGAAAGUUGUUUCCUAGGGAAAAGAGACCCUCCCCCUAACAAAAAGAAAUUGCACUCGAUUCUUAACCUCCAGUGUCAGCCUUGUCACCUGUGCGUGUGAUAGCCAAAGCAUGAGGAUUUUUCUUCCGUAGAUAGGUGCUCUGGUUUUGAGUGAGUGUUUGUCCAGCUCCUGUGAGAAACUUGACUAAUAUUUGAGAAAAACAUGCAAGAGUCUAUGUUAACCCAUAUAGUCCUCAGUACUUGAGCUUUUCCUGUGUUAAGGUUAAUCGAUAAAAAAUGAUGUUUACCAGGGUUUCACUAGCUAAAGCCCUUAAAGAUAUUUUCCACUUUAUAGUUAAAACCUUUGGUGUUAGCAAGGGUAAGCACAAGAAAAGGCCUGGUGGUGAGAAUGCCUACAAUCCCUGUAAAGCCUACUAAAUUCUUUUAUUUUGUUGCUAAAUAAUGAUUAUAUAAGGAAACAUGCAAUAAAUUGACUCAUGUAACAUUUAAUUGAAUGCCUGUUUUGUGUUAUGUGCCAGAGCAAUACAUAGAAAAAUAUUAGGCCUAUAGAAUUUAUCCUCGUGAGCCACUCAGGAUGAUGAAUUCAGAUACCUACAGCAGGUAAAUCACAGCAUAAUGGGGUAAGUACCCACAAGAGGGCAGGCCAAAGUAAGGUGAGGGCACAGCUGGGAUGACCAGCUCCAGCUGGAGAAGAAGGGGAGGACUUUCUAGAACAUGUGGCAUAUAAGCCACACCCUGAAGAACAAGGUUGUGGGGAAGAGGCAUUGCAUGCACAAAGGAUUUGAAACAUGAAAGAGCACAACAUACUUAGAGAAAACGGAGAAUUAAAUGUUUGUUGUGAGUGAGAAGCAGGCCGUAUGGAAAUGGACUGAAGUGGCUAUGACUUCUGACAUUUUAUCGCUUCCUUGUUAAAAGGAAUUGGCGUGUUGCUUUGUGUCAGAUGAAACAUGUAACCUCUGAGUUCAUUUUGCUUUUGUUGCCUGGGAAGUUAGUAAUAAACCUGGGUUCUCGUAUAUUGGGUAUAGUUGCUUUUCUUUCCUACAUGUAAGAAAUGAUCUGUGCUUUCUGACCU